AUGCAGGGCUCAACUCGAUUAAGGCAACAAUUAGCUUCAAUAAGGCAAAGCAUAAAUAGAUUUGAAGAAGAGCUGGCUCAUGGGAACGAUCGCAAGCAAACAGAAAUUGACAAUAAAUUCGAGGCGGUGAAAACCCGGAUGGAAGGGAUUAACGCCGCCAUCGACGUGGAGGCCAAAAAGGCAACAGUGGAAUGUUCGGAUUUUGUCAGAAAAACGACACAAUAUACUCAGGCAUGCGCGGAUCAUCUCUUAAGGUGGAUGGGUGACACAAUGUCAAAAUACACGCGGCCUCUGACGCAAGUGGCGUCAAAAUUAGACUCAAUUGAAACGAUUUUGCAUAAAGUUGAAGUUGACGGAUCUAAACUAGAGCUAAGGGACGCGGUAAAGAGUUUAAAAAAUGAAUUGGAGCUUCUCAAAUCGAGCAUCAACCAAUUCGCCGUGGAUCAGGACUCCCUGGAGAACGAAUUACUGCGGCGCAUGUUUAAGCUGGAUCAAUUAGUCGACCAACAGGUGAGAGAAAGUCCUAGGUCCUCCAGCAAGGUUAAUGUUGUGCCUUUGUUUGGCACUUUCACCAUGGCCUCCCCUAUUGCCUAUUGGCAGAUGAUAAUGAGCGAGGCAAUAGCUGCACUCAAAGCGCGAUACGAUAUGCUGUCAGCAGAUGGACCAUCUGACGAAUCUAGCUUCAGUUCGACGGCUGUCGAGGCUGCGUUGUCUAGGGGCCAAACAACCAACGACGCCACGUUCCGGAUGUAUGUCGACCAGACGCUUCUCAAUCUCCGCGAGAGCAUCGCGACAUUGUCUCGUGAACGACAGGAAGCCGAUGGUGAAAUUGUGCGGGCCGCAGACAAGUAUACUGGAACGCUUCAAAGGUCACUGGAAGCCGCGACUUCCGUCAAAACGCUUGCAACUGAACUAGCUCGCGAUACAUAG